UUCCGGUCACUCGGUGUAAGUCAUCAGGAGGCGGAAGCGCAGCGGGGGCGGGAAGGUGGUAGAACGCCGCAUUGAGUUCGGUUUGCCGGUCUUUUAAGUGGUCGCGCCCCGCUGGAGAACGUGACCAGAAGGCGAGGCGGCCCCGGGCUCUCCAGCCUCGCGGUGAUUGUAAAGUGCAGACCACUUGCCACAGAACAUAGUUGAAACAGAAAAUAGGAAGAUGGCAGCAAACCCUUCAGGACAAGGUUUUCAAAACAAAAAUAGAGUUGCAAUCUUGGCAGAACUGGACAAAGAAAAAAGAAAAUUACUAAUGCAGAACCAAUCUUCAACAAAUCAUCCUGGAGCUAGCAUUGCGCUCUCGAGACCGUCUCUUAACAAGGACUUCCGGGACCACGCUGAGCAGCAGCAUAUUGCAGCCCAGCAGAAGGCGGCUUUGCAGUGGAGCAAUAUCAAUAAAAACGUUCCACACGUAAUUGCAGUUGUUUGCUGACGUUCGGUCAUGCCCAGAGGAUUUGAAGGACCAGAUACGGCAGUAAUGAAAGUAUCUUUCAUGGUGUUGACGUGGUCAUGACUGAUUCUGUGCCACACCUGGCAAGGGACUGCUGCACACAGAAGAGUUUAGGGUAUCUGGAUGGACAGGAUGAUCUUGAAAAGCUGAACUGGCUAGUUUAAUAGUACAUAUCUAUUUUUUCAAAUUUGUUGUGCCAUUAUGUCCUUUGAUAGCCUUACCGGUUUAUUAUUGUUGUUUGGAUUCUUUUUUUAAUGGUCAGCAUGUCUGUUGUGCAGGAAAUGUUUAGAGACUAUAGGAAUGAGAUAAUCUAUCAGUUAAAAAAAUUGUUCUUAUUAUGAUAAACAAUUUUAGUAUUUCAUUGAUCUUGAAUAAUUUAACUAAGAUUCCUAGAAACCUUGCACUAGACAUCGUUACCUAUGCUUUUAAACCUUAGAAUCUCAGAAUUGGAAGGGAUAUUAAAGAUCAUCUCACUUUAGACAACCUAUGAACAGUCCUUUGUUUAGUGACAAGGGAAAUCACUGGUGGUUUUCUGUUAUUUAUAUGCCAACUUUCUCUACAAAAUGUUGGUAUCUUAAUCACCAGUAAUCAGCUGUCUUUCCCCUUCUCCUUCCAACUACUGCCCUUCUUUUUCACUCUCCUGCUUUACUGACCAAGAGUAGCAUACUUUGGGACCUUUGUUGCUAGUUUUCCUCCCCACUCCAAGGAACAAAGUAGUUCAUGUCUUCGACUCAAUUAUUGACUGAAGAGAAUCACAGGGGAGAGAAUGGGGAUGAUAAAUUAGUAGCUGGUGCAAAUUGUUAAUAUGAAUUCUUUAUUAUUGUCCAUCUCCUGUGUAUUUAAACAAAAUUAACAGCAUAAGAACUGACUUUUAAAACAAAUUUGGUCUCAAGCACCCAGAAAGGAUAAGUAAUUUUAAUGCCUUGGUUGAAGAACUGUGACUCUUAAUAGCUGAAUUGCCUUUUUUUCUUUU